GUGCAACUGUACAUUCUUUAAAGACUUGUGAGUACAAAAUCAAGAACAACGUGUUCAAAUGGUGCCUUUUUUUUUAACUCUGUCAUCACGGCUAACAAGGAACACAUUUUUUUCAACAAGGAAAGAACAGUCUAGGAAAUAGUAAAUAAAACUUGUCAUGAACAGGAAGUGAGAAACAGUUUGUUGAGCUCAUUGGUUAGCCUGCUGUCAUAAACUCUGGACCCACACAGAGACCCUAUGAAUAUUUCAAAAAAAUGUAUACCACAUAAAUAAUAUUAAUCACAUUGUUGUACGUACAUUAAGUUUAAAUGUUUAUUUAUUUAUUUAUAUUGAAAUGAGUUUGAUUGAAGCUGCAGAGUUUAACAUUGUUGUUUGUAGACCUCGGAUGUUAAAAUCCUGCAUACAAUUUUAAAAUGAAAGAGUACCUAAAGGUAUUAAAUUAAUUCCUAAAUUUAAGCUUGAUUAGCAAUAUGAUUAGAAAUUUCUUAACAUGGAUUUUAAUGAGGAUAAUCAAUAUGUUGAUAUGAUAAUGUUUAUGGGUCUGUAGAGCGUUAAAGGGAAUACAUUAAGCUAAUGACUGGCUCUGAGUAAUAGUAAGAAGAAUUAUUAAUAGUAGAAUAAUCAUUUGACAGACAACAAUACUGUAUGUAUAUGAUCAAAUUAUUACUUCAAAUUAUUAAUAGAAAAAUAUAAUCACAAUCAAUAACUAAAUUUCAAUAGUCAAUCGUGAUUAAUCAACUGUGUGAUCGCAACUCACGUGAGUUUGAUAUGUAUUUUAGUCUUUAAGAGGUAGACACUCCUAAAAUAUAUGUUCAAAAACACUGUGACAGUGGAUUUUUCCAAAAAGUGGAUGUCCCUUUUAAUAAUAUUUUUAAUUGACCAAAAGAUUUCCAACACACUUUUGAAUUGGUGAAACCAACCUUUUACAUGACAGUUUUCUUUUAAAGUGUCAUUAAAUAUUUACAUUCUAUUUAAAAAUGACUUCAAAGGACCAUUUGACUUAAUUGGUUCUAGAGAGGUUAUUAUAUCUUGAAAAUGAACCAAUGGGAAUGGGGCUGGGUGCAAUGAGGUAAGGUAAACGGAAAUAUUAUGGGAAGAGCAACAACUUCAUGCUUUCCGUCUUUUAAUGGUUAAAAGCUCUCAAAAUCGUAUCAUCCUAUCUGGCGCUGGAUUGGAUACAUAACUGAAGCUUAUUGGGUUGGACCCGAGAAGACUGUUGAUGGAGAUCGGAGGUCUCUUUCGAGUACUGACUGCAGCGUGGGUCUUUUGCAUUGAAUAGGACAUGGAUCACUAACAAGGUUUGGUCUCCAAAAAAUAACAAUCUUUUGUUUUUGUGAGAGACUGAUUGUUUAGCCAUGCUGAUAUGUAAGCCACUGAAUAUGUUCAGGGUCUCUAGUGUUGCAGUGAAAUUGUUCUUUAACAUAACACAUUUAGAAUUAUUAAGAUUCAAAGUGAAUUUAUUCCAUUUUAAUUUUUAUAUUUUAAAACUCUACAAAAUUAAUAUCUGAUACAAUGCGUGUUGUAUUUUGUUUGUAUUUAUUCUGAGAGUGGACUGGCACAUCUUUAUAACCCCCACAUCUUGAUUAAAAUGAUAUCUGAGUUCGACAAAGUACAAACUUACUUUGUGGGUAUAUGAGACACUAUGAUUUUAUUUACCGUCUUUGUGGUUUAAAACGGUUACAGCAGGUUGAUGAGUUUAGUUUGUUAUUAAAGCUUAUUGUCUGAAAUGUUAUGAAAAUGUUGGUAAAUUUGAUUAAUCAAAAUAUGAGCAAAGCAAAACAUAAAAGAAGCCAAGGACUGUACUCUAAUUAUGUAUCUUUAAACAUAAAAGUUAUUGUGAAGGAUAACAGAAAUAAAAUCAAUAUACAAUUUGAAAUAGCCCCAUUGUUAAAGGCUGAAUGGAUACUUUCAUAACUUAUCUACACAUAAAUGUCUGUUAGUGGUAGCACAACAUCUAGUGCUUAGACUACAGACUAUAAGACUACAACAAUGAGGGAAAGGGCACUUGUAACUGGAGGAUUUGAUACAUUUAAGGUUGAUGAUUUUUUUUAUUAUUAUUUUGUUCAAACCAAUAUGUGAUUGAAAACAUGUAGAACUUAAAACUUAUCACAAAGUUGUAAAAUAAUAUCAAGGUUCCGACCACAAACAUAAAAAACCUUAAAAAUAUAUCAACAAUACUUUUAAUAUCAGAAACAAAAGGAAAAAAGUUAUUCAACUUUUUUCAGUAACUUUGUUUUUGCUUAUUUGACAUUCCGACAGUUAACACAACAUCAUCACCAAUCAACAUAACAUCAUCACCAAUCAACAUAACAUCAUCACCAAUCAACAUAACAUCAUCACCAAUCAACACAACGUCAUCACCAACGUCAUCACCAAUCAACACAACGUCAUCACCAAUCAACACAGCAUCAUCACCAGUCAGCAUAUCUGCAACAACAUUCAAAAGUGUCUCACAACAAACCACUUCAAAGUCUCAAUCAAUCAAGACAACAUCUUCAGUCAAUGUAACCUCACCAACAGUCAUAAUAACAUCAACACCAGUGUAUGACACCUCGUCCAUGGUCAACAGGGCCCCAACACCAGUUAACCAAACAUCAUCACCAAACCAAAUGACCUCAGCCUCAGUCAAUGUAACCACACCACCAGUCCAUUUAAGCUCAACACAAAUUAAUUCAACAAUUACACUUGCAAACACUAUUUCACCGUUCCUGAAAGCAACUACUCCAAUAAGCAAUACAAUCUCACAUGUUGAUGUCACAUCAUCAUCAAGAGAAAUGACUUCAACUCAAACUAGUGCAACUUCAUUUCCAGACAACACGACCUCACUGCCAAGUGAUAAAACCUCAACAACUGUCAUGGAAACCUCACCUCCAUACAGUAAAACGUCACCAUCCAUCCACCUGACCUCAAACCCAUACAAUACCUCAUCAUCACCAACUGAAACCUCACCAAUUACAGAUUCAACGUCUCUAACAGAAAACCCAAAUUCACCAAAUAUUAGCUCAUCCCCAGUUAACACAACCUCACCACCACUCAACGCCACAUCACCAACAGACAAUGUAAUCUCAUCAUCACAUCACCUGACGUCAUCAAAUGUCAAAGCAUCUACUCAAGAUGUAACCAUGAUCUCACCAACAAGCAAUGGAACCCCAUCAACAGGUCACUUUUCUACAAAACCGUUAAAUGAAACCUCUGUAGGUGCCAUCAAGACUACACCCUCUGCCAAAAUAACUUCACUGCCAGUCAAUGCAACCUCAACUUCAAUCAAUGUCACCUCAUUCACAGUCAACAAAGCCACACCACCAUUGAGUCAAACCGCAGCAGGUGUCACCAUGACAUCAUCAAUUGCUGAAAUUACAUCUCUAACCACCAGUGCAACUUCACCACUAGCGAACAUGACCUCAACAAUUGUCAGCAUUUCCUCUGCACCUGUCACUAAAAGUGAGGCAUAUACCUCAAAUCCAGUAUAUUACACUUCAUCACCAGUCAACAAAACUUCACCAUUGGUCACCAUAACAUUACAAACAGGCAUUGUAACCUCAUCCCUGCAUCCAUCCGCAAAAACUCAAGAUGAAAGCUCAGCAGGUGUAACUGUGACUUCACCAAUAGCUGAAAUGACAUCUCUUAAUGCCAGUGCAACUUCACAAAAUGCCAACAUGCCUUCAACGAUUGUCAGCAUUCCCUCCUCACCUGUCACUAGUGAGGAAUUUACCUCAAGUCCAGUAAAUUACACUUUGUCACCAGUCACUGCAUCCUCACCAGUGACCUCACCACAAGUCACAAUGACCUCACUUUUGACUCAGAUGACUACAACAGCAGUAAGUGCAACCUCAGCACAAACAAUUACUACAACCGGUGCACCAACCACAACAACUACAACUGCCCCACCAGCAGAGCCAAAAAUUAAGUUGGAAUUCAAGUUGCAGCAAACAUUUACACAAGAACUUACAAACCAAUCCUCGCCAGAGUUCAAGAAAUUGAAUGAGCAAGUAACCAACGCGCUCAACACAGUCUAUUCACAAAAAUUUGGACCCACCUUCAAUCAAACUGUCGUCAAAGGUUUCAGUCAAGGAUCCGUUGUGGUAGAUGCUGAGCUGAUAUUCAAUAAGGUAGAAACACUACCAAAUGCUAGCUCUGCAGCUGACACUUUGAAGACUGCUGCUUCCAGCUCUAAUUUUUCUAUCUCUGUAAACACAUCAUCAAUCACUACAACUGUUGUGUUGGCACCAACUGAAGCCCCAGCCACGGCUGCACCUUCAACACAGAUGAAAAGCACUCUCACAUCAGUCAGACAAACCUCUCCUACUGUAAAAUCAUCCUCACCACCAACUAAAACAACCUCUGAAUCACUCCAUUUGACCACAUCGGCAAGCAUUCCAACCACAUCAACAGAACAUGUUACAUCAUCAUCAGCCAAUGUAACCUCAACACGACGUGACAUGGUUACAUCAGUAGCCAAUAUGUCAUCACCAACAGUUGAUGCAACCUCAACUCCAAUCCAUAUUACCUCAUCAACAGUCAACAAAACUUCCCCAAAUGUCACCAUAACAUCACCAGUAGUCUCUGCAACCUCAUCAACUGAACACAAUACAUCAUCAUCAGCCAACAUAAUCACAACACCACUUAACAUGGUUACAACAGUAGUCAGUAUGUCCUCACCACCAGUUAAUACAACCUCAACUCCUAUCCAUAUCACCUCAUCAACAGUCCAUGUAACCUCCCCGCCAUUAAAUGAAAUCACAGCGGGAGUCAACAGGACUUCACCAACUGUUGAAGUCACCUCAGUGCGAGUCAAUGCAACCUCAACUCCAAUCCAUAUUACUUCAUUAACAAUCAACAAAUCUUCACCAAUGGUCCCCAUAACAUCACCAGUAGUCUCUGCAACCUCAUCAACUGAACACAAUACAUCAUCAUCAGCCAACGUAACCGCAACACCACUUAACAUGGUUACAACAGUAGUCAGUAUGUCCUCACCACCAGUUAAUACAACCUCAACUCCUAUCCAUAUCACUUCAUCACCAGUCAACAAAACUUCACCAUUGGUCACCAUAACAUCACAAACAAACAUUGUAACCUCAUCUGUCCAUCCAUCCACAAAAACUCGAAAUGAAAGCUCAGCAGGUGUAACCAAGACUUCUGCAAUUGCUGAAAUGACAACUCUGACGGCCAGGGCACCUUCACCACAUGCCAACAUGACCUCAACGAUUGUCAGCAUUCCCUCCUCACCUGUCACUAGUAAGGCAUAUACCUCAAAUCCAGUAAAUCAUACUACGACACCAGUCUCUGCAUCCUCACCAAUGAACUCACCACAAGUCACAAUGUCCUCACUUUCGACACGGAUGACUACAGCAGCAGUUAGUGCAACCUCAGCACAAAAAAUUACUACAACCGGUGCACCAAGCACGACAAUUACAACUGUCCCACCAGCAGAGCCAAAAAUUAAGUUGGAAUUUAAGUUGCAGCAAACAUUUACACAAGAACUUACAAACCAAUCCUCGCCAGAGUUCAAGAAAUUGAAUGAGCAAGUAACCAACGCGCUCAACACAGUCUAUUCACAAAAAUUUGGACCCACCUUCAAUCAAACUGUCGUCAAAGGUUUCAGUCAAGGAUCCGUUGUGGUAGAUGCUGAGCUGAUAUUCAAUAAGGUAGAAACACUACCAAAUGCUAGCUCUGCAGCUGACACUUUGAAGACUGCUGCUUCCAGCUCUAAUUUUUCUAUCUCUGUAAACACAUCAUCAAUCACUACAACUGUUGUGUUGGCACCAACUGAAGCCCCAGCCACGGCUGCACCUUCAACACAGAUGAAAAGCACUCUCACAUCAGUCAGACAAACCUCUCCUACUGUAAAAUCAUCCUCACCACCAACUAAAACAACCUCUGAAUCACUCCAUUUGACCACAUCGGCAAGCAUUCCAACCACAUCAACAGAACAUGUUACAUCAUCAUCAGCCAAUGUAACCUCAACACGACGUGACAUGGUUACAUCAGUAGCCAAUAUGUCAUCACCAACAGUUGAUGCAACCUCAACUCCAAUCCAUAUUACCUCAUCAACAGUCAACAAAACUUCCCCAAAUGUCACCAUAACAUCACCAGUAGUCUCUGCAACCUCAUCAACUGAACACAAUACAUCAUCAUCAGCCAACAUAAUCACAACACCACUUAACAUGGUUACAACAGUAGUCAGUAUGUCCUCACCACCAGUUAAUACAACCUCAACUCCUAUCCAUAUCACCUCAUCAACAGUCCAUGUAACCUCCCCGCCAUUAAAUGAAAUCACAGCGGGAGUCAACAGGACUUCACCAACUGUUGAAGUCACCUCAGUGCGAGUCAAUGCAACCUCAACUCCAAUCCAUAUUACUUCAUUAACAAUCAACAAAUCUUCACCAAUGGUCCCCAUAACAUCACCAGUAGUCUCUGCAACCUCAUCAACUGAACACAAUACAUCAUCAUCAGCCAACGUAACCGCAACACCACUUAACAUGGUUACAACAGUAGUCAGUAUGUCCUCACCACCAGUUAAUACAACCUCAACUCCUAUCCAUAUCACUUCAUCACCAGUCAACAAAACUUCACCAUUGGUCACCAUAACAUCACAAACAAACAUUGUAACCUCAUCUGUCCAUCCAUCCACAAAAACUCGAAAUGAAAGCUCAGCAGGUGUAACCAAGACUUCUGCAAUUGCUGAAAUGACAACUCUGACGGCCAGGGCACCUUCACCACAUGCCAACAUGACCUCAACGAUUGUCAGCAUUCCCUCCUCACCUGUCACUAGUAAGGCAUAUACCUCAAAUCCAGUAAAUCAUACUACGACACCAGUCUCUGCAUCCUCACCAAUGAACUCACCACAAGUCACAAUGUCCUCACUUUCAACACGGAUGACUACAGCAGCAGUUAGUGCAACCUCAGCACAAAAAAUUACUACAACCGGUGCACCAAGCACGACAAUUACAACUGUCCCACCAGCAGAGCCAAAAAUUAAGUUGGAAUUUAAGUUGCAGCAAACAUUUACACAAGAACUUACAAACCAAUCCUCGCCAGAGUUCAAGAAAUUGAAUGAGCAAGUAACCAACGCGCUCAACACAGUCUAUUCACAAAAAUUUGGACCCACCUUCAAUCAAACUGUCGUCAAAGGUUUCAGUCAAGGAUCCGUUGUGGUAGAUGCUGAGCUGAUAUUCAAUAAGGUAGAAACACUACCAAAUGCUAGCUCUGCAGCUGACACUUUGAAGACUGCUGCUUCCAGCUCUAAUUUUUCUAUCUCUGUAAACACAUCAUCAAUCACUACAACUGUUGUGUUGGCACCAACUGAAGCCCCAGCCACGGCUGCACCUUCAACACAGAUGAAAAGCACUCUCACAUCAGUCAGACAAACCUCUCCUACUGUAAAAUCAUCCUCACCACCAACUAAAACAACCUCUGAAUCACUCCAUUUGACCACAUCGGCAAGCAUUCCAACCACAUCAACAGAACAUGUUACAUCAUCAUCAGCCAAUGUAACCUCAACACGACGUGACAUGGUUACAUCAGUAGCCAAUAUGUCAUCACCAACAGUUGAUGCAACCUCAACUCCAAUCCAUAUUACCUCAUCAACAGUCAACAAAACUUCCCCAAAUGUCACCAUAACAUCACCAGUAGUCUCUGCAACCUCAUCAACUGAACACAAUACAUCAUCAUCAGCCAACAUAAUCACAACACCAGUUAACAUGGUUACAACAGUAGUCAGUAUGUCCUCACCACCAGUUAAUACAACCUCAACUCCUAUCCAUAUCACCUCAUCAACAGUCCAUGUAACCUCCCCGCCAUUAAAUGAAAUCACAGCGGGAGUCAACAGGACUUCACCAACUGUUGAAGUCACCUCAGUGCGAGUCAAUGCAACCUCAACUCCAAUCCAUAUUACUUCAUUGACAGUCAACAAAUCUUCACCAUUGAUCACCAUAACAUCAUCAGCAGUCACUACAACCUCAUCAACAGAAUACACUACAUCAUCAUCAGCCAAUGUAACUUCAACACCACUUAACAUAGUUACAUCAGUAGUCAGUGUGUCGGCACCACCAGUAAAUGCAACAUCAACAUCAACUCUAAUCCAUAUCCCCUCGUUAACAGUCAACAAAACUUCACCAUUGGUCACUAUAACGUCAUCAACAGUCACUACAAUCUUAUCAACAGAACACAUAACAUCAUCAUCAUCAUCAUCCAAUGUAACCACAACACAAGUUCAUGUGGAUACAUCAGUAGUGAGUGUGUCUUCACCACCAGUUAACACAACCUCAACUCCAAUCCAUAUCACCUCAAUGACAGUCAACAAAAUUUCACCAUUGGUCACUAUAACAUCACCAGCAGUUACCACAACAUCAUCAAAAGAACACAUAACAUCAUCACCCAAUGUGACCUCACUUUCAUCUCGGAUUACUACAGCAGCAGAAAAUUCAACCUCAAUUACCACAACUGGUGCACCAACCACUACAACCACAACUGCUCCACCAGCAGAGCCAAAAAUUAAGUUGGAAUUCAAAUUGCAGCAAACAUUUACAAAAGAACUUACAAACAGAACCUCGCCAGAGUUCAAGAAAUUGAAUGAGCAAGUAACCAAUGCGCUCAACACAGUCUAUUCACAAAAAUUUGGACUGAGCUUCAAUCGAACUGUCGUCAAAGGUUUCAGCCAAGGAUCUGUUGUGGUAGAUGCUGAGCUGAUAUUCAAUAAGGUAGCAACACUACCAAAUGCUAGCUCUGCAGCUGACACUUUGAAGACUGCAGCUUCCAGCUCUAACUUUUCCCUCUCUGUCAACACAUCAUCAAUCACUACAACUGUUGUGUUGGCACCAAUUGAAGCCUCAGUUGUCUCUACAACACUGACAAACAAAACUCCCUCACCAGCACUCCACAUGUCCUCACCAACUGUCAAUGCAACCACUCAUACUGUCUCUGGCAGUCCAUUUAAACUCCCCAAAGGUCUGUGUGAUAACACUGUCACCAAAUGCAACCUUAAGUCUUACUAUGUAUGUGUUACAUAACCAGUACCACUAAGAAACAAAGUGUUGCUACAAGAUACAACUGCAUGAAACCAGUUCACACAACUCUAUUUUCAGGUAAAACUCUUCACUUUCUUUGAAUUUCUCUGCUAAAUACAAAUGAUUUUGAAUCUAUUUUUUCCCAUUCUUUUGUUCUUUCAUAUUUGGUUAUACAACUAUAACAUUAGCUGUCUGUUUUCUAAAAGUGGUGAAAUUAACUAGUUAACUGCUAACUGUCCCUGAGAGGCAAAGCUUAUCAAAUCAACAAAUGCUAAUUAGCAUACAUCCACCCCAAAUCUAAAAUCUACUUAAUUUGACAUACUGAAGAGAGAUGAGGUUUGAGUUAAUUGAAAACAGUAUUUCUUGAUUUUGUAACAGUAAAUUAUUUUUCUUGUAUUGCACGUGGAUAUCUCCAUUUAAAACUUUCCGGUUUGUCUUGUCUAGAAAGAAGAAGAACAUAAGGAUAACUUUUCUCAUGUAUUAUUGUAGUUACGGGUCAUAUUGGGUCACCGCUUAUCUGGUAUAAAACAAUGUGAACAUACUUCCUAUAGAAGUGCUGCAAAAGAUACUUUGUUGGCUGCUGAAAACACUGUCUAUACUCAGCAUCAACCCAUCAUGUUUGUUUUUUCAAUAUUUUACAGUAGACAUAGACAUACUACACUACAUAGACAUACUGUUGAAACAUAAUAAAAAUGUGAUUGAACAUAUGUGAAUAACACUAUUUUAAUAUUUUUUCCAGUUUUUCUUGAACAAACUAAUCACCAACGUCAACUACUGCUGCCACAGUU